AUGUCCCAGGCUCCUAGCGGCGCUAACAGCUGUACAUCUAACGACACGCACAUCAACCAAGCUCAAACAAAAUACCCAAUUGACCUUUUCCGUGGAUGGCCCAACCCCGCUCUAUUACCCGUCGACGCACUCGCCAAAAGUGCUGCGACCGUUUUAUCGUCACCGAGUAUCUAUGAGUCUGGUCUACAAUAUGGUCCUGAUGAAGGGUAUGGGCCGUUGAGAGAGCAUAUCGCCUCAUGGCUUGGAUCAUUUUAUCGCGACGAAUUGGAAUCGGAAAAGAGGAGGAGGAAUCCGAUCACAGCUGAGCGGUUAUGUGUCACGGGCGGCGCAAGUCAGAAUCUAGCUUGUGUAUUGCAGGUGUUUACAGACUCGGCUUAUACGAGGAAUAUAUGGAUGGUUGCGCCGACGUAUUAUCUUGCAUGUCGAAUUUUUCAUGAUGCAGGGUUUAUGGGGAGGUUGAGAGGUGUUCCUGAGGAUGAGGAGGGAAUUGAUCUUGACGUUUUGGAGAGGGGUUUACAGGAGGCGGAGGAUAAGGCUGCUUCUGAAGGGAAUACGAAGCCGGUAUAUACCCUCCCCCGACCAUGGAGCAAAAUAUACAAACAUGUCAUCUACCUCACGCCGACAUUCGCAAAUCCCUCAAUGAAAGUGGCUUCCCUCCGACGCCGGGAAGGUCUAGUCCAAUUAGCUCGACGGUUCGAUGCGCUCAUUAUCUCCGACGAUGUGUAUGAUUUCUUACAGUGGCCGUCGGAUCCAAAUGCGACAGAUAUAAAGGAUACAGCUUGCGUACCACGUUUAGUCGAUGUGGAUGGAUAUCUGGAUGGUGGUCCGAUUGAUGAAUGGGGUAAUGCAAUGAGUAACGGCAGUUUUAGCAAACUGAUUGGACCUGGGAUGCGUGUAGGUUGGGCUGAGGGGACGGAGAAGUUUGCAUAUGGGUUAUCACAGGCAGGAUCGUCACGAUCCGGCGGGGCCCCAUCACAAUUAUCAUCUACAUUCGUCGACCAACUUUUACCAUCAGGCAUUCUACAACGACACAUCAAACAAGAACUUAUCCCGGCAUAUAGAGCACGCUACAAUCGAAUCAUAAGCGCAAUAAACGAUCAUCUCUUACCACUAGGCUUCAAACUUCCUGCAGGCAAUCAACCAAUCUCUGGUGGAUAUUUCAUCUGGCUUGAUUUACCGCUGUCGUUGACAGGUGAUCUUUUAGCUCAGAGAGCGCUGGCAGAUGAGAUGUUGAUGAUUGGUAGUGGCACAAUGUUUCAAGUGCAAGAUGAUUGUAGUGAGAAUCACCAGAGAUUUGAGAGGAGUAUUCGGCUGUGCUUUGCGUAUGAGCGCUUUGAGGUUUUGUAUGAGGGGGUAGAGAGAUUGGGAAACGUGGCUCGGAGAAUGUUGACUGAGCGAUAG